GCAGAAUGACCUUACAGUUUAAGAACCAACUGACAGACAUUAUAACAAGUCUUAAUUAAAUUAUUCAAAGCAAGUCAGUUGUAAUUUGAAGUUAAUCAAGAAGCGUAAAAGAACAAUUAAUCAUUUUUUGAUUUUAUUUAUUUAAAUCUAUCUACAUGGAAGAUGACAUUUAAGUAAAACAUAUUAGUUACAUCAGUUCUUGAAUCUUGAAUUUAAAAUAAAUACAGUGGACAUUUCUUACGUAUUAAAUGACUGUUCCAGCCGUGAUAGCGUUUUCGUUUGUAAGCUGCUUUUAUGUCAUCGAUUCUAAUCCUGUCAGACGUUCAUGUCCUAGCUACAAUAGUAUGUGCACUUGUCAACGGUACAACAACGGAUGUUAUGAAUGUCCUGCAUCAUGCCAAGGAGGGUUCAAUCCCGGAAGUCUUGGAGGAGGUUCUGUUCAGAUGGGAUCGGGCGGUAUGAACUCAGGAGGGUUCAAUCCCGGAAGUCUUGGAGGAGGUUCUGUUCAGAUGGGAUCGGGCGGUAUGUACUCAGGAGGGUUCAAUCCCGGAAGUCUUGGAGGAGGUUCUGUUCAGAUGGGAUCGGGCAUUAUGAACUCAGGGUCGUCACAAUCAGGUGUACCUCAAUCAACGAACGCACCGGCGACAAGCAUCGCUACUACGAAUGCGGCGAUAACGUCCAGUGCAGGUUCUAGUGCCGCAACACAGAAUACAGGAUCCAGUGGCUCAUCAACAAAUUCCGGAGGUACAGGAACAACAACAGGAGGAGGCGGUGGAGAUCUAGUGUGUCCUUUGGUAUCAAACUGCCUUCCAUCGAAUGUAGCCUUUGAUGCCAAUGAUUGCGCCUAUUGUUCGGCAACGGGUGAUCACUCAAGGCCGAUUCUUAACAAUAACGGGUGUCCAGCUUUUACUAUCCGUCCCGAAUUCAUGACAGACUGUCACAUAGACCGGAAUGGCUGCUUGGAAUGCAUGGGGUCAAUUGUAACGACCACUCCAACAACCACACCAACAACCACUCCAACAACGACUCCAACAACGACUCCAACAACCACUCAAACAUCCACUCCACCAACCACUCCACCAACAACUCCAGCAACCACUUCACCAACCACCCCACCAACCACUCCACCAACCACUCCACCAACCACUCCACCAACCACUCCACCAACCACUCCACCAACCACUCCACCAACAACUCCAACAACCACUCCAACAACCACUCCAACAGCCGCUCCAACAACCGCUCUAACAACCGCUCCAACAACUGCUCCAACAUCCGCUCCAACAUCCGCUCCAACCACAACUCCAACCACCACUGAAACCACCACUCCAACCACCACUCCAACAACCACUCAAACAACCACUCCAACAACCACUCCAACAACCACUCCAACCACCACUUCAACAACCACUCCAACCACCACUUCAACCACCAUUCCAGUCACCACUCCAACCACCACUCCAACCACCACUCCAACCACCACUCCAACCACCACUCCAACCACCACUCCAACUACCACACCAACGACCACUCCACCAACAACUCCAACCACCACUCCAACCACCACUCCAACCACUUCUCCAGCCACCACUCCAGCCACCACUCCAACCAACAUUCCAACCACCACUCCAACCACCACUCCAACCACCACUCCAACCACCACUCCAACCACCACUCCAACCACCACUCCAACCACCACUCCAACCACCACUCCAACCACCACUCCAACCACCACUCCAACCACCACUCAAACCACCACUCCAACCACCACUCCAACCACCACCCCAAUCACCACUCCAACCACUACUCCAACCACCACUUCAACAACCAAUCCAACAACCACUCAAACCACCACUCCAACCACCACUCCAACAACCACUCGAACAACCACUCCAAAAACCAUUCCAACAACAACUCCAACAACCACUCCAACAACCAUUCCAACAACCAUUUCAACAACCACUUCAACAACCACUUUAACAAACACUCCAACAACCAGUCCUACAACCACUCCAACCACCACUCCAACAACCACACCUACAACUACUAUAACAACAACUCCAAAGACUAAAGCCACAACAGCCAUUCCAACGACUACAACCUCAAUAACCACGAUUGUGACAGAACAAGGGUGUCCACAUUUUCCGGACGAUUGUCCAAACAUAGGAAGCUGCAUAGACGUUGAUGACAAUUUCUGUCCUAUCUGCCUAUGUGCUGCUGGCUACACGACAACUAGAUCCACCGGAUGUAAGCCAAUACAGUGCUUGUUGGAAUGCGGGAAUCCACCCAAGUUCAAGAAAGACGGAAACGGAUGUGAAGUCUGCCAGUGUGACUUUUCUGGUUGAAACAUGAUUUCUACGUUACUGAAAUGUAAUUAACAUUAACUAUAAAAACAACUUAAAAGUUA